AUGGCAGAAAUGUCAGAGACUAUAUUAGCACUAUUAGAGAUUAUAUCUGAAUACGUUCUUGGUAGUCUCCUGGCCAUUGCAAUUAUGGGAGAUUCGCUCUAUAGUAAUUUUCGUGAAAAGAUUAUGUGGUGCUUAGGUGUCUUGGAUGCCCUUUUGAUGGUCUCUUUCACUCCCUCAACGUUGGAG